UCGGUGUGGGUUACAGAGACGUCAAAUGGCCUCAUAGUCGGGGAGUUGUUAGUAAAUUGAAUUGCUGUCUUGUGAUUCUAAUAGCGUUAAAAUGAAUCAAAUCGAACGGCAAAUCAUCCUUCGCCAGAUGGAUCAAUUAAUUCAGAAGACCAAUUAUCAUGGCUUACUGAUAGAAUGCUUUAAUCGACGGAUGUUGUCAGAAGUAAUGAUAAAUAUCAUAGAGGAUCGAUACCAAAAUGAAGCAACAAAACACAAAAAGUUGUUUGAAAAAAUAACUAAGCGAGGACCAACUGCAUACCAAACAUUGUUAGACAUUUGUCAGAAAGAUUUUCCAGCUGCAUAUGCGUUACUGAAGCCUGUAAAUAUUACAAACACUUUCGCAAAUUCGAGUAAUAGCAAUGGUCAAGAAAAGUAUCACUCAACAUAUAAUCCAAACCGACAGCGCUCGGUAAGUGCAAAUCUAGGAGAUUCCAAUCGGUCGGUGGAAUUUCAUCGUAAAUUUCGAAAUCUUUCAAUUGGAUCCCGUUCGGUAUCCGAGGAAGAUGAUCUAAAAAAUAAUAACAGUUUGAGAGAAACAACGGAUAAAGGAUCUAAAUACUUGUUGGAAUUAUUCGAGGAAAAAGUUCCGGACCUGUAUAAAGUUGAACUUACGACCAGACACCAACGACAUCGUUUGCUGCAGGUUUAUGAAAUGAGAAGCCGCAAUAGAGGUGUUGUUUUUAUACUAAACAUUAUUAAUUACAUUAAUGAUACACAUCCGGUGCGGAAUGGAGCUCGAACUGAUAAAAACAAUUUGAUUUCAUUGUUUCGACAACUUGGUUUUAAAGUUUUCUAUUACGAGGAUCUCACCAGCGCGGAUUUUAUUAAAUUAGUUGAACAGUUGAAAGUCUCCGAACACCUUUCGACCGAAUGCUUCGCGUUCUAUGCUUUGGCCCAUGGAAACCACACUAAUGGCCAAGACAGAAUUUAUCUUCAUGAUAAUUCAGUAUUGUUUGUCGAGGAAAUUUUAGUUAAAUUCAACAAUGCGAACUGUCGCAAACUGAUCGGAAAACCGAAACUAUUUUUCUUUUCAAUCUGCAGAGGAGACAAAGCGGAUUACGGGACGCUGCGUCCAUCCGAAGAUACGGAACGUGAUGGUAUGAUAAACCCAAUGAAUCCACCGACUAACAUGCCAACCUUCGCCGACAUGUUUAUCUGUUUCUCGACUGUGCCGGGAUUUGCUGCUCAUCGCGAUCUGCGUAAUGGUUCCUGGUUCGUCGAGAGCAUGUGUGAGGUCUGGGCCAAACACGCACACGAUACAGAUGUGGAGCAGUUGAUGAAACUGGUUGGCAAACACACCAGUAUGUACCGAACUGUGCAGAACAAUGCACUUCAAACAUUGGCCAGUGAACAACGUGGAUUCUUUGAUAUACUCUACCUGAAUCCGGGGUAUAACGCGGAUUAAACUCUAGAAAUUUUGCUUAUUUGCCAGACACUGCAAUUCACUUUCAGAUUUAAGCUAACCGUGAUGAUUUUGUAUUCAUAAUUUAUGAGUAUUAUUGUAAUGAUAAUUAGUAAUUAUUGUAAUGAAAAA